ACCUUGAAAAAUAUUACACAGGUGACAUCUUGGGUCCAAGUAUCCCGAACUUGGCAAAUUUAAUAAGAAUGCCAUUUGGUUGCGGCGAGCAGAACAUGCUCAACUUUGUACCAAAUAUUGUCAUUCUAAAUUAUCUGAAGAAUACGAAUCAAUUAACGCAAGCCGUGCAAAGCAAAGCGUUAAAAUAUCUGGACAUCGGCUACCAACAGGAAUUGACUUACAGACAUAACGAUGGCUCGUUUAGCGCGUUUGGCAUGUCGGAUCCUAGCGGGAGUACAUGGCUUACAGCAUUCGUAGCGAAGUCUUUCAAGCAAGCGGCGGAUUACAUAGCGGUUGAGGAUAGGAUCAUAAACGAGGCAUUGCAGUGGUUGUCCAACAAUCAAGCAGCAAACGGUUCUUUUCCCGAAGUGGGAAAAGUAAGCCAUCGCGAUAUGCAGGGUGGAGCUGCCAAGGGACUCGCUCUAACGGCAUACACGCUUAUUGCUUUCCUGGAAAAUGAGGAAUCUUUGGGAAAAUAUCGUAAUACUAUAAACAAGGCUGUUGACUACAUUGUUCGUAAUAUGGAAGGACUAAACGAUACCUAUGCAUUGAGCCUAUGCGCCUACGCCUUACAUCUGGCGAAGCACCCUUAUGAGACAUCGGCAUUUAACUUCCUGGAAUCGAAAGCUAUCACGAAACAGGAUCUCAAAUGGUGGAGCAAACCCAUUCCGAAAGACAAUAAAAAUCCACAUUACUCUUUACCGCGUUCUGUCGACGUCGAAAUGACAUCGUACGCUUUACUCUUGUAUCUUAGACGCAAUUUAGUCGCAGAUGCAAUUCCUGUAAUGAAGUGGCUCGUCAAGCAAAGAAAUCCAGAAGGUGGCUUUGCGUCGACGCAAGAUACCGUGAUUGGACUUCAAGCAUUGGCGAAGCUUGCUGAAAAAUUGUCAAAGGACACGAGUUCGGUUCGAAUAGCGUUUAAAUACGACAAAGAAGGUCAAAACUACAUAAACAUAAAUAGUGGCAAUUCUAUGAUACUCCAGAAGCAGAUACUACCUUCGAAAACACGAUCCGUCAAUAUAACAGCGUCUGGUAGAGGUUUUGUACUGGUGCAAGUUUCGUAUCAAUAUAAUCUAAACGUGACUGGCGCAUUCCCGUUGUUUACCUUGGAUCCUCAAGUGGAUAAAAAUUCCAACGCUAAUCAUUUACAACUUUCUAUAUGCUCAGGAUUUGUUCCAAACGAAGAAGCAAACGAGAGCAACAUGGCUGUUAUGGAAGUGAGCCUACCUUCUGGCUUCACAGUAGACAGAGAUUCGCUACCGAGUUUAGAGAUAUCAUCACAUGUAAAACGUGUGGAAACUAGAAAUGGUGACACAAUGGUGGUUUUAUAUUUCGACAAGAUGGUGAAGGAAGAAUAUUGCCCAACCGUGUCUGCCUUCAGGACGCAUAAAGUAGCUAAGCAAAAACCAGUUCCCGUUUCUGUAUACGACUAUUAUGAUUCGUCAAGAAGAGCAAGAGCAUUUUACGAGCCUAGAAAGACAACUUUGUGUGAUCUGUGUGAGGAUGAAGAUUGCGAAGAUAUAUGCGUUUCCAAACCUGGUAAACGAAAGGACAAUGCUACAGUGUCCGCUGCAUCCCACGUUUACACUUGUGUAUAUUUACAAUUUACGUUUUUCGCGUUUUACUAUUCGCUUUAUAAGAACUUGUAAUUAUAUUGUUAUCGAGGAUAAUUAUUUCAUUAUACUAUAAACUUUAAAUCUAACAGAGUAACGUAAAGAAGCUGUAUAAGUUGCGACCAAAGUAUAUAUACUUGUUAUACAGAA